GUGGUUCGUGAUCUACUACCAUUUCUGGUGAUCGUCCUCAUAUUUUGGUCAAUGUAUACCAUCUUCUCUUCGGCCAUCCUCAUUCGUCCAAGCAGUGCUAACGACGCCCACGCUGCCAUUUCUCGCCUAUUUCGAAUAAUGCGAGCUGGCUUCUUUCAGAUGUUUGGUGAAUUCAAUCUGGAAGAACUCCUAGAACACUAUGGUUAG